CACGAGACGAAUGAUGCAGCGCUUGAAGAUCGCGACGGCGCCGCUCCGGGCCGCCGCCCGCGGUAGCCUCCGCGCGUCCAGCGCUGUGCAUGCGAUGGCGACCAUGCGCGCUCCACUGCAGAGCCCCAUGGCAACGCCGCAUGCCUCGCCACUCUGGCUCGCCGGACUUGCCCUCGCGUGCGUCGCCCAAGCGGCGCUCUGUGACGAAGCGCCCCGUGCGCUGACCGUCCAAGAGGUCAUCACGCUCUACGAGCAAGUGGACACGAACAUGCGCAUCUUGUCCCGGCAAAUGAUGGAAGCUCUUGCGUACGAGAUUGCGGCAGAGGAAGAGAAAGGGACGGGCCCGGCCAUGAGCGUCGAGGACCGCGCGCUUCAGAUGAGCGAAACCUUUGAGCAACUUCUCGCCCAAGUCCAAGAUUCGGUCUUUCGCAACCACUAUGUAACCAAGGAGCAAGUCGCAGACGCCAUGCGCCGUAUGGAGCGCGGGGACCUGCCCAUCCAGGCCGCCGACGCCGAGCUCAUCCACGAGUACAUCCGCAAACUGGGUCGCAUGCGAUGGGAAUGCACGGGGUCGCGGGAGCCAAUUCGUCGGCGCCAACGUGACACGGCACCCAAGCCGCUCACGACGCCGAUCCCUCGUGACGUGCUUGAGGCCAUGAUGCGUGAACUCAUCGGCGCGCUCACCAAGGAAAUGGAAGCGAUCCUUGCCGACAUCAAGACGCGUCAUACCAACCUCAAGGACGGCGCCGUCCGCCAAGAGAUCGCGACGGCCUACAUGGACGCCUCCAAGCUCGCGACAGACGCGGUCGCUGCCAACUUUAACGUUUCGGUCGACGACUUUCAGGUCGCGCUGGCGCACUUUCAUGACGACGCGACGUUUCAGGCGACGAUGCAGCAGCUCACGGACGCGCAGCACGAGCGGUUUGUGGCGCUUGGCUUGUAACGGCCUGAUUACUGGACACGAGGUGCUUGGGGCACGGUGCAAGACAGCAACAUCGUGAUGUAAGAGGCAAAAAUUUGGUUUUGUUCAUUUCGU